AUGGCGUUAACCAUAUGUAGAUAUUACAAAUUCAUGAAGCCUUUUUCGACGAAUAAAACCUCGGCAUGCCCUUUAAAUCAAACAAAUCCACUAGGAAAUUCCCUCAACACCGUUAAUUCCAUUCCAAUUCAAUUAGGAAAUUCGCUUAGGAGAUAUUUAAGCAUGGAUCAUUUCGAAUCGAACGAUAACAGACCGGCCGUCUCUAAACUAUCACCCCAGGAGGUAGACGUGAUCCUCCGAGCGAAUCAAUACACGCACGAGUUUCACGAAGGCAGCUCCGUCAAAUCGUACGAUUCCAAUCAAUUGGCUUCGAACAAACCCAUCGAAGACACCAGAGCCGAAGCUUCAUGUCUAUUAACUACAGGAUUCAUGUUCGGUGUGUUCGAUGGUCACGGAGGCAGCGCCUGCGCCCAAGUGAUUUCGAAACGCUUGUUCGACUACGUAGCCGCCCGCCUGUUGCCCUACGACAGCCUGUUAGGCUACAAAAACACCUAUAAAAAGGAGCCCAGACGACUGAUCGACUCUUACAACGAUAACGUACAGUUCGUAGACGACGUUAGAAAAUUGUACGGGGACAGUUUCGAUAGAUUCCUGAACGAUUUGGCGAAUGAGGGGGCUGUAAAGAAUUUCGAGAUGCCCGAUGCAAUGGAGAAGGCUUUUCUUCGAUUGGACAAAGACAUCGGUGACGAGGCGUUGCCGAAGGUGGAGAAGGAACGGGUGAAUUUGAAGACGAUGUCCGUGGCUAUGUCGGGGGCGGUGGUGUGCUUGGCACACGUGGAUGGGCCCCAUUUGCACGUGGCUAAUGUGGGGGACUGCUCGGCUGUGUUAGGUAGCCUAUCGGAGACGGACACCUGGCUGGCCAACAAACUAAACACCGAACACAACGCCUACCAUCGCGCCGAAGCCGAUCGCGUCCUAUCGGAGCACCCGGCCUCCGAGCGUCGUUCCCUCCUGCGGGCCGAUCGCCUGCUGGGCCAGCUGGCGCCCCUUCGAGCGCUCGGCGACUACCGCUUCAAAUGGCCGUUGAAGGUGAUGCGCGACGUGGUGGUGGCCGCUUUCGGCGAGGGCGUCGUGCCGCCCGAAUACAGGACGCCGCCGUACCUGACGGCCCGGCCGGAGGUCGUCUACAGGAAACUGACGGCUAGGGAUAAGUUUUUGAUCAUCGGCACCGACGGCUUGUGGGACGUGGUGACGCCAUUGCAGGCCGUUAGGUUGGUGGGCGAGCACAUGGCCGGCAAAGUGACAUUGGAACCGUUGAUUCUACCCCGAAGGAACAACAUAACCCUAUCCGAGAUCGAAACGAUGUUAAAGAGAAGAAGAGAAGGAAGACGGACGAAGCCGAGAGACGCCAACGCCGCGACGCACGUCAUACGACACGCCUUGGGCGCCGGCGAAUUCGGUUUGGAUCACGUCAAAUUGGCCAAAUUGCUGUCGUUGCCCGACGACGUCGUUAGAGUGUUUAGAGACGAUAUUACCGUGACUAUCGUCUAUUUCGAUUCAGAAUAUUUGAGGCAUUGUCCCGCGUAG